AUGAGCCCACCCCUGCUGUUUCAGACCAAGUGCAGCAGCUGCUUGAAGGCCAUCGCCCCCUCCGAGCUCAUCAUGAGGGUGCUGGAGAACGUCUACCACGUUCACUGCUUCUACUGCUGCGAGUGCGAGCGGCGCCUGCAGCGGGGAGACGAGUUCGUGCUCAAGGAGGGGCAGCUGCUCUGUCGCAGCGACUACGAGAAGGAGAAGGAGAUGUUGAGUGCCAUCAGCCCGGCACCCACCGAGUCCGUGAAAAGCGAGGAUGAGGACGGCAGCCACUCGCACGGCAAAGGCAGCGAGGAGAGCAAAGACCACAAGCGCUCCAAGCGCCCCCGCACCAUCCUCACCACCCAGCAGCGCCGGGCCUUCAAGGCCUCCUUCGAGGUUUCCUCCAAACCUUGCAGAAAGGUAAGAGAGACCCUGGCAGCCGAGACGGGCUUGACGGUGCGGGUGGUCCAGGUCUGGUUCCAGAACCAAAGAGCCAAGAUGAAGAAGAUCGCUCGCCGGCAACAACAGCAGCAGCAGCAACAGCAGGAGCAAGACCAACUGGGCAACCCUCGCUUGGGGAGCGGGAGAGGGACCGGUCGCAACAGCAGGCAGAGCAAUGAUGACAGCGAAGACGGCGCAAGCGUCCACGGCCUGGAUGGGCUCAUGGUCCCCUACCCCAGGAUCCCCCAGCAGCAGCUGCUGCCCCUGGAGCAGAACGGCUACAGCACUGACCUCUACAGACAAGGACUGACGCCCCCUCAGCUGCCUGGAGACCACCUGCACCCCUACGACUCAGAAGGAGUUUUUCACGAUAUGGACAGUGACAGCAUCAGCCACCUGGGCGACUGCCUGCUCUCGACGGCCGAAGCCAACCUCCUCCAAGCCCGCGUGGGCAACCCCAUCGACCGACUCUACUCCAUGCAGAGCUCCUACUUCACCUCCUGA